UUAGGUACGAGCAUACAUUAGUAUAUAUAUAUUUUAUCCCCAAUGUAUUUAUUUAUUUAUUUUUCUUUUUUCUCAACCAAACAAGCAAAUCCAGAUUGCCCAAUAUCCGCAGUAUUUCCGGGUCGGAUCAUCCGUGGCAUUUGUCCAGCUCAAACUUCACCACCCGCUGUACAUAAACCAUUAGCCCAUGGCGGCGUUCACCCAAUCCGCCACCAAGCUCCGCCACCUCCGCCACAGCAUCACCACCAUCCGCACCUUCGUCGCCGCCAAGAUCAAAUGGGUCCGAGACCCCUACCUCGACACCUCAGUCGAAAAAGAGAAAAAUCUCAACCCAAUCCUCUCCCUCAAAACCCUAAUCCUCUCUCAACCCUCCAAAACCCUGCCCAUCUCCGCCGCCUCCGCCCAAAAGCACCGCCUCAAACUCCCCACCGCUGCCGCAAAGUUCAUCCAAAAAUACCCCUCGGUUUUCAAACAAUUCCGACCCGACAGACACCUAGCUCUCCCUCACGUCAAGCUCACUUCACAAGCCCUAAUUCUUCACAACGAGGAGGCCCAAGUUCUCAACUCGGUGACUCACCGGAAAGACUCGGCGGAGCGACUCGCUAAGCUGCUGAUGAUCGCCGGAGCGAGAAAGCUUCCGUUGAAUGUCGUUGAUGGAUUCAAAUUUGAUUUGGGUUUGCCUCAUAAUUAUAUUCUCACCCUUCUUCCUGAAUUUCCUGAUUACUUUCAGGUAUGUAGUAUGGAUUGUAAAGACUCAAAUGGUAGUGAAAUUCUUGGGUUAGAGUUGAUUUCUUGGAGAGAUGAUCUUGCAGUUUCAAAAUUGGAGACUAGGGCAAUGAACUUGAAUUAUGGGUUUAGGAGGGGUAUGAGAAUUUCAUUUCCCUUAGAAUUGCCAAGAGGGUUUGAUUUAGAGAAGAAAGUGAGAGAUUGGGUUGAUGAUUGGCAAAAUUUGCCUUACAUUUCACCCUAUGAAGAUGCAUUUCAUCUAUCUCCAAAUAGCGAUCAGGCUGAGAAGUGGACGGUGGCGGUUCUUCAUGAAUUGCUUCAUCUUAUGGUGUCGAAGAAGACGGAGAGGGAGAAUUUGUAUCGGUUGGGGGAUUAUUUGGGGUUUGGGAGGAGGUUUAAGAAAGCUUUGGUGCACCAUCCCGGGAUAUUUUACAUAUCCAAUAAGAUUAGGACUCAGACUGUGGUUCUUAGGGAGGCCUAUAGGAAGGACUUCUUGGUUGAGAAGCAUCCAUUGAUGGGUAUGCGGCAUAGGUAUAUUUACCUCAUGAACAAGACAGUGAGACGGAGUAGACCAAUUCGCGUCGGAAAUGAUGGCCGUAGAAGGCAGAUUGUUUGAUUGCCAAGGAAAGAGGAGAAACGAAAGGCAAUGAUAAAAGCAGGGAAGAAGAAGUAGAAUCAGAUUGCUAAGAGCAAAUGGGAAUUAGGAUGUGAAUGUGGUUGGGAAUAUGAAAGUCAUUGGAAGCAACAGAGCAGUUUGAAAAUAUGACCUUGAGAGGAGAAGGAAUUGAAAAUUUUGACUGAAAAAGCUCAACUGGAAGAUGCUCAUGUUUUUUAGCAAUGGGGGACAAUGUGCUUUAUGUCCGACAGUGGCCCUUUCCUACUCAUUACUGUUUUUAAUCCCGAUGAAGGUAGGAGUCGAUCUCAUGCCUCUAGUAUGAAUAUUUAGAGACACCACAAGUUAGGAUUGUUGCACAUCUCUCAGUUGGAAGAUGUCUCAUUUGGACAAAAAACAGGAUUUCUGCUGUAUUUUUUCUAAUAAAAAGAAAAAGAAAAAAAGAUAGCACAGUUACACAAUUGCUUGAGAUUUUGAAAUUAAAGAAAGGUGUGGUGAAUCCAGAGUGUUCUGGUGCCUGGUAAUGAUGGGUGGAUGAUGGUGUUGAUGAUGUGCAUGAGGUGAGGGACUUGGGGAGAAAUGGAAUUUACUUGAACAACAAUCAAUGUCUUUGUAUCAGGACAUUCAAUUUGAGAAAUGUACCUUGAAAAUGGAACAACAAGUUUGAAGGAGAAGAUAGUUGCAACUUUUUCUAUGAAACAAGACGGACUAUGAUAUGUGAUAAGUUGGGUCAUUGUUUGAGCUGAGCGCAUGGCUGGCUAAAUCUCCAUGAUGCUGUUUGGCGAUUAUGAUGUCACACAUCUAACAUUCUGAAAGGAUUAAUUGGUGCCACUGAAAGGGAUGGGGACCUGCCAGCAUCUCUGGAAACUGCCCCUCUACCCAGGCCUCUCAACACUGAGAGGAAGCAUUCCACGUUUUGAGUGCUGCAACUUCACCCGUUGAAAUUAGUGUAGCAGUGCGGAGGUAAAUCUGUCUAUUGAACAUGGAAGACCAAUUGGAACAGUACGUAACGAAUAUUGUAUUCGUUAGAUUGGGUGGUUCUUGAGAUUCCACAUUAGGUUAGUAAUAAAUUGGAGGCACUUUUAAGCCCUAGUGCUAUCGGAACUAUCUAUUACCAGACUCCUAGGGUGAAAUACUAGGUUUCUCACAGCCUUGGGUGUUGCUCCCUCAGUUCCAGGGGAAACAUCCUCCACCCUAUUGUAUUAAGACUCUUUUGAUUUGGUACUGAUCUACAGAUGCCUCUACAUAAGGGUAGAGUAUGGAGACGGCCAAAAAGCCAUUCACAACGAGAAGCAAGGGAUGUUGUAAACGGUGGGCUGUCACAAAGAAUUGACCCUGAAAGGGCUAUCAACUCCAUCGCCUACUUCCACCAAAGAUGGCAGCGGGAAAGAUGGGAAGUGGCGGGAACUAGUGUAAUGAACAAAUCUAUUGUCCUGACUUUGCACCCCCUUCCCAAGAGGUUCUGGAAAGGGUGAUGGAAGUGGCAGUGGUAACAACCAACACGCCACUCUGGAAAACAAAACAAGAGGUCAUUGAUCAAGUGGCAACCUCCAAAGAAUGGCAAAACAAGAGUUUGUUAUCCUGGGAACUUGGUUUACUGAAGGUGGUUUUGGAAUCAGAUUUGCAGAAGUUCAUUGGACCUUAUCAAAUCAGCGAGGCCCUAUAAUCCAAACUUCAGUCUCAUAGUCCAAAUCCAGCAGUUAAUAGAUCGAUAUUGGCACUGUGACCUGGUGUUCCAGUGGCAUGAAGGGAAUGGUUGUUCAAACAAGUCGACCGAAGCUGCAGUCAUCUUCUACAAUUAUCAAUGGAAAUAACAGGUGCUAUUGCUAAGGUGCAAAUUGACUGAGAUUUGUUUCUUUAAUCAGGAUGCAACUGGAGUCUUGUUUGGAUGAUCUUAGAAAAGGAGGGGGAAAGAAGAGGAAAGGAUUGAUGUUGAUCUUAUUUGCUUACUAUCUCGUACAAAUAUAAGUACUCAAAUUUCGGAAAGGUGGUUCCCAAAAAAUGAAAAGAAACAAAAAUGUUAUGUACCUAUGAAAGUGUCUAGAAUUUGAAAUUUAGAGUGUAGAUUUGAACUUUUUGUUAUGGGAUCACAUUUAGAAUAAAUUUGCUCUGCAUAUUUCAAUUUAUGGUGUUAAGUAAUUUUUUUGGAUACGUAGACGUAAUAGUCUAGUUGAAAAAAAAGGGAAAUGAUGUUGCAAAACAAGAACUAGGGUAAAUGAUUUAUUCCUUCGCUACUCUUUUACUUU